UUUGCGUUCUGGAAUUAAAGGACUGCUGCAGAACCAGUGCAAAGCAGAUACAAUCUGCUGGCGCGUCAGUGGACAGGAUUUUGAGCACCGCGUCCACCAAAAAGAGUUUUAUUGGGUGACCAUGGCAGACCGUUCCAACUGUUUUUACUGUCGCGAGGACCUCGGAGGAAAGAAGUUUGUGAGGAAGGAUGAGAAGCAAGUCUGUGUGCGAUGCUUCGAUAAGUUCUGUGCCAACACCUGCACUGAAUGUCGACGCUCAAUCAGCACUGACUCUAAGGAGGUCCACCAUAAGGGGCAGUACUGGCACUCGGAUUGUUUCCGAUGUGCCAAAUGCUAUAAGAACCUGGCUAAGGAGUCCUUCAGCAUCAAGGAUGACAGGAUCCUGUGUGGAAAGUGUAGCUCACGUGAGGAUGCCCCUCGCUGCCAUGGCUGCUACAAGCCCAUACUGGCAGGGACUGAGAAUGUGGAAUACAAAGGCAACUCAUGGCAUGAUGAGUGUUUCACCUGCUAUCAGUGUAAAAAGCCAAUCGGCUCCAAAAGUUUCCUUACAAAAAAUGACAAUAUCUACUGCAGCCCUUGCCACGAGAAGAAAUUUGCCAAGCAAUGUGCUUGCUGCAAAAAGUCCAUUACCACAGGAGGUGUGAAUUACCAGGACCAGCCAUGGCACUCUGAGUGCUUUGUGUGUUCCUCCUGCCGAAAGCCUUUGGCUGGCACCAGUUUCACCUCCCACGAGGAAAAGGUCUACUGUGUGGACUGCUACAAAUGCACUGUGGCCAAGAAGUGCACCAGCUGCAAUAACCCCAUAACAGGAUUUGGAAAGGCUACGAACGUUGUGAACUACCAGGAUGGCUCUUGGCACGAGUACUGUUUUAACUGUAAGAAGUGCUCCCUCAACCUGGCAGACAAGCGCUUUGUAUCUCACAAUGGAGAAAUAUACUGCACUGACUGCUCCAAGAAAGUGUAAGACAAGAAAAAUAUCAACAUUCAUUCAAAUUUAUAACAAAAUCCCAUUUAAAUAUCUUGAUGUAUUGACUAGGGCUUCUGUUCUGUUGGCUCUGGCAUCUUUAUGAGGGGAGUGUGAUAUUUCCUGUGACUAAUGUAAAGUUUGCUUAGAGGCUUUGGUGGGAAAACGUCAUCCUCACUCUUUCCAAAAGAAAGAUAGUGAUAGGUUGACAGACAGGUGAAGGAAAGUGUUCAUCAGGAGGGUAAAGUCUGUUCUUUGGAAUUUCCUUGUGCAUCUGUGUUUCAAAAUUUAAUUGUGGCUUAAUAUGUUUUGAACUUGUAAUGACUUGUAAUCAUUUCAGUAGCCUGCUACUAAAAAAACCUAUACUGAUUCUGUUAUCAAAAAUGUUGUUCUUGUUGUUUGUUUGUCCUCUUAAUCAAAUUACACGUCAUUGUUAUUAACGUGUUGUUUUAGUUAACCUUGUAUGAUUUGAAAAGAAAUAAAGCAAUAAAAUAAAAUAAAGUUUGGGUUCUGAAAAAAGAGAAAAUAAACGUCUCACUGUGUGUGUGAAAAACCUG